AUGGAUCCCGAAGUUUUUGAUAUUAUAGAAAAGGAGAAAAAGAGACAACGCGAGAGUAUAGUUCUUAUUCCAUCAGAAAAUUUUACGUCACGUGCUGUUAUGGAGGCAUUAGGUUCGGUUAUGCAAAAUAAAUACUCGGAAGGAUAUCCUGGUGCAAGAUAUUACGGUGGAAAUGAAUUUAUUGAUCAAUCCGAAACUUUGUGUCAAAAGCGAGCUUUGGAAGCUUUUGGAUUAAAUGGAUCGGAAUGGGGAGUAAAUGUACAAGCAUUCGCGAUAUUAAAACCACAUGAAAGAUUAAUGGGAUUGGAUUUACCACAUGGUGGACAUUUAUCUCAUGGUUACCAAACAGAAACCAAAAAGAUAUCAGCAGUAUCUUCCUAUUUUGAAACAUUACCAUAUCGUGUGAAUGAAAAAACCGGAAUAAUAGAUUACGACGCUCUGGAAGCGAGUGCAAUUUUAUAUCGACCUAAAAUCAUUAUUGCUGGUGCAAGUGCAUACCCCAGAAAUUUUGAUUAUGCACGUAUGAAACAAAUUGCUGAUAAAGUCAACGCCUAUUUAAUGGCUGAUAUUGCUCACAUAAGUGGAUUAAUCUCUGCUGGAGUUUUACCUUCUCCUUUUGCAUUUGCUGAUAUUGUUACAACUACAACUCAUAAAUCUCUUCGAGGUCCACGUGGUGCUUUAAUAUUUUAUAGAAAAGGGACUAGAACUAUUGAUAAGAAAGGAAAAAAUGUCGUCUAUGAUUUGGAAAAUCUUAUAAAUCAAUCCGUAUUCCCUGGUCAUCAGGGUGGUCCACAUAAUCAUACCAUCACAGCAAUUUCCGUAUCACUUGAACAAACCAAGCAUUCCAUUUUUAGAGAAUAUCAACGACAAAUAUUAAAAAAUAGUUUUGCAUUCGCUAAGGCAUUUAAGAAACAUGGAUACGAUUUAGUUUCAGGUGGCACUGAUACUCAUUUAGUACUUGUGGAUUUGAGGAAUAAACAUAUCGAUGGUGCUCGUGUUGAACAUAUCCUUGAAAUGAUAAAUAUUGCAGUCAACAAGAACACGGUUCCUGGUGAUACAAGCGCGUUUAUUCCGGGAGGAAUUCGUGUAGGUACGCCGGCUAUGACUACUCGUGGUUUCGUUGAAUCCGAUUUUGAAAAAGUAGUUGAGUUUAUUCAUAAUGGUAUAUUAUUAACCAUUGAUAUUAACAAGAGAAUCUCUAGAACCAGAAUUAGAGAUUUCAAAGAUUACAUGGGAGAGAGAGCCCCCGAUCCUCUACUCGAGGAAUUAAAACACAAUGUAACGAAUUUUGCAAAACGAUUUCCCACAAUAGGGUUUAAAGAACGAAUAAAAGAUGAAAUAUGA